AUGUCUACCACACCAUCAUCCCACAGCUCCGCCACCGCGCGCGAUGCCACAAACUACUCCUACGAUCUCAGCAACGCGAUAUACGGCGCUUUCCCACACUGCGCAACCGAUAUCUCGCCGCGCAGAUCACGCGCCGCAUCUCCAAGUUCCGCGUCCGCAUCAAACUCUUCAAAGAAGCGCACAGGCACGGUCACUGCAAACACCACCGGCACUGCAAACCGCACACUCUGCCGCCAAGCCAUAAGUCUGCACCGCGAAAACGCGCCCCCAACCUGGCUGCCCGCACCAACUCCCACCAACAAGCGGAGUGCGCUCGCGAGAAGACAGCAAGGACAGCAAGGCAUGAAUAUCCACGCGAGCACGUGCCUCAACCUCAAUGCCAGCGCCGAAGAAGAAACCUCAGAAGCGGAUCUGUGGAUUUUGCCUGAGCUUGACGACUGGGAGGAAGACGAAACCGAGACUGAGUCUACCAUUUUAACGCCUUCGAGUUCGGCGGAGUUGGAUGCCCCACGACCGGCGGCUGGGGGAAUGGAGAACAAAUGGGCGGGUGUGCUGAGAAGGGCGGCGAAUAGCAAUCUGGAGCGACUUCGGACGACGAUGGAGGGUGAGGGGUGGGAUUUUGUUAAGCCCGCCAAUCGCGAUGAGGAGGAUUUGGAUGAUGAGGAAUUCGACAGUCGUCCACCACCGCCCCUCCACCGCCCCUCCGCCUCCCCUCCGCCUCCCCUCCGCCUCCCCCACCCACCCUUGGGAGUCUUGCGCCGCGCCGCCAACUCGAAUCUCGAGCGACUUCGGACGAGGAUGGAGGGUGAGGGCUGGGACUUUGUUAAGCCUGAUGAGGAGGAUUUGGAUGAGGAUGAGGAAUUCGAUGUCGUUGUUUUGCGCAAGGCGUAG